AUGCAUUCAGGUCAACUUUCUAUUUCCCUUUCCUCAUUUCGUUUCAUUCCUUCCGUUGGCGCAGCGAUCACGACGGCGCGGCCAGUGAAGAACGGAAAUGACAAGAACGGCGGGAAAGGGGGACCUCCGGACGCGGGUUCGUGCCCGCUGCCCAAGCCGAACGACGCUCAGGCUCUCGGAAAUCUGACAGCGAUUCUCGCCGCGCGGCUGAACGGAUCCCGAGUGGAUGGGCCCACUGGCGACGUCAAGCCCACCGGCCUAAUCUGCCUCGCCGUCUUCGAGUUAGACGGUGAUUACAACGUCUUCUACAGUAUCGCCGUCUCCACCUCCGACGCCGGCGAGCCGUCCGCCGUUUCGAUCUAUCAAGGCGCGGCGGCGGGAGAUCCGGGAACCCUCGUUCAUCGCAUUGUCGAGCUAGAAAAUGGCGCCACGUGGACGAAUCUUACUCGUCCGCCGCCUCCCCCGCCCAAGGGAAAAAAGAACAAGGGCGCACCCGCACGGCCAUACACUUAUGCCACUAACGGGACGUGGCUUAAAUCGAGUACGCUGGCCACGAUCGGCGGGCAGACACUAAAGGAGCUGGUGGAUGCGAUUAUAGCGAAGCCGGAUGGUUACUACACGACCUUCUCGUCGGAUACGAUUGAAUCGACGACAGUGCGGGGGCAGUUUAAGUCGGACCCGGUUCCACCACCGCCAAAGGAUAAGAAGGGCGGGAAGGAUGGAGGGACGACUGGCAAUGACACGAACACGACGGUGAGCCCUGGGAAGAACGGGAAGGACAAAAACGGCGGGAAAGGGGGACCUCCGGACGCGGGCCCAUGCCCGCUGCUCAAGCCGAGCGAGGCCGAGGCUCUCGGCAAUCUGACGGCGAUUCUCGCCGCAAGGCUGAACGGAUCCCAAGUGGUUGGGGCCACCGGCGACGUCAACCGCCUGCAAGACCACGACUACAACAUCUUCUACAGUGUCGCCAUCUCCACGUCCGACCCUGGCGAGCCAUCCAGUGUUUCCAUCUGGCGAGGCGCAGCGGGAGAGGCGGGGACCGGCGUAUAUAAUAUUAUCGAGUCAGGACAAACCGCCACGUGGGCGAAUCUUACUCGUCCGCCGCCUCCCCCACCCAAGGGCAAAAAGAACAAGGGCACUCCGCCCGCCCUGCCUCCUCCGAAAUACACCUAUGCUACAAACGGGACGUGGCUUAAAGCGAGUACAGUGGCCACGAUCGGCGGGCAGGCACUCCGGGAGCUGGUGGAAACGAUUAUAGAGAUUCCGGAUGGGUACUACGCAUCGUUCACGACGGCUGCUUAUGAGUCAUCGGCAGCAAGAGGGCAAUUUAAGAAGGAGCCGCUUCCACCGCCGCCAAAGGAUAAGAAGGGCGGGAAGAAUGGAGGGAAGAAAGGGGGCAGUGGAGGGGAGAAUGGAGACGAUCGAAGCCCCACAACCAGCGACUACAACAUUAAGUGCCACGUCAGCGUGACUCUAACCGACUCAGGCGAGCCCACCGGCUUUGUCAUCAAGAAAGGCGCUGAUGUGGCACUCACCAUGGACACCAUCGGCGCCACGUGGACCAAUCGAACGUUCUCCGGGUACGAACGCGCCAAGCUGGGCAAACAGCUGCCUCCCCCUCCCCUCGGAUACAGCUACGAAAGUGUGGGCGCUUGGCUAAGUGCCAGUUCUUACAUAGCGGACAAUGGGCAGACGUAUAUGGAGGUGAUGAAUGCCAUGCUGGCUGCUCCUGAUGCUUACUCUGCUCUCGUCUACACCAGG